AUGGAGAUACAAGCAAUUACUAACAGUAGCAUAGUCCACAAACAGGUUUUCGAAGGUCACAGCCAUGCGAAGCAGGACCGCGAGCAGGACACGAUCACAAUCUCAUACCCCGCCACCGAGGUGGUGGGGCACGGGUCCUUUGGCGUCGUGUUCACCACGCAGGUGCGCGAGACCGGCGACCGCGUGGCAAUCAAGAAGGUGCUGCAGGACCGCCGCUUCAAGAACCGUGAGCUUGAAGUCAUGAAGCAGCUGCAGCACCCUCAAGUCGUGGACCUAAAGUACUACUUCUACGAGACAGACCCUCAGGGCGAGGUCUACCUGAACUUAAUCCUCGAGUUCAUGCCCCAAUCGCUGUACCAACGGUUGCGCCACUUUGUCUCGCAGCGAUCCAACAUGCCGCGCAUCGAGAUAAAGCUGUACAUGUACCAACUGGCCAAGUGUCUCAACUACCUGCACAAGCAUGCAGCUGUCUGUCACCGCGACAUCAAGCCGCAAAACCUAUUGGUGGACCCCGAGACGUAUGCGCUCAAACUCUGCGACUUCGGCAGCGCGAAACAGCUGAAGCCCUCCGAGCCCAACGUCUCCUACAUCUGCUCGCGCUACUACCGUGCUCCUGAACUCAUUUUCGGCGCUACCAACUACACAGUUCAGAUCGACAUUUGGUCCAGCGGAUGUGUCAUGGCGGAGCUUAUUCUGGGCCAGCCUAUGUUUCCCGGAGAAAGUGGCAUUGAUCAACUUGUGGAGAUCAUCAAGAUCCUGGGCACUCCAACAAAACAAGAGAUCUGUUCCAUGAAUCCCAACUACAUGGAACACAAGUUCCCGCAAAUACGGCCCAUUCCUUUAGCCAAGGUUUUCAAACGCGAAGAUCAAGAGACCAUACAGCUCUUAUCAGAUGUUCUGCGAUACAACCCUACCGAAAGGUUUACGGCGUUGCAGUGCUUGUGCUCGCCUUACUUUGACGAGCUGCGCAGCACCACUGACCCAGAGCUUGCGUCUGUGGUUAGCAACUUAAGACUGAUGGAGUUCUGCGAUGAAUACGAAUUCGAUACCCUGACACCGGAAGAAGCCAAGGUGAUUAAGCAGCGGCUUCAGCCUUCAUAG